CCUCCCUGCAGUUUCAGCUUGCCGCAAUCCGCUGGGAAUGGAGUCUGGUGUCAUUCCAGACAGCGCCCUGUCAACUUCAUCCGUUGGCAAUCCAGGCUAUGGCAAAGAGAUGGCGCGUCUCAACUCCCACGCUGCCUGGUGCACUCGAGGAGACAUCGACCUAAAUGCCUGGAUCCGCGUCGACCUACCUGACUCGGUAACCGUAACAGGCCUCAUCACACAGGGGAGAGAUUACAGUAGUACCUACACCACGUCCUUCAGCGUGCAAUACGGGAAUGGCACCAACUGGAGUGAGGUGGUCGGCAAGGAUGGCUCUCCGAUAGUGUUUCAGGCCAACAGCGACUGUUGCACCCCGGUGACUGUCUACUUUCCCUCGCCUUUGCAGCUGCGGUCUUUCCGCAUACUGCCGGUCGACUGGGUUACGACGAGCAUCUGCAUUCGCUUUGAACUGCUCGGCUGCGGAGCAAUCUGAAGGGGGUGCGCCCGAUAGUCCGAAGGUUCGAUAGUCCGAAGGAUCGAUUGUCCGAACGCACACAUUUCUGGGGGUUAGUCCAAAAAUAAAAUAGGGUUCGUUAAUCCAAACAUUUUGAUUCGAUAGUCCGAAGGUUCGUUAGUCCGAAGGUUCAUAGGUUCGAUAGUCCGAACGCACAAAUUUCGCAUAACCGGGGGUUCAUUAGUCCGAAAAUGAAAUAAGGUUCGUUAAUCUGAACAUUUGAUGCGAUAGUCCGAAGGUUCGUUAGUCCGAAGAUUCGAUAUUCCGAAGGUUAAUUUAUCCGAAUGUUCGGUAGUACGAAUUUAGAAAAAAGGUUGAUAGUACGAAGGUUCAAUAGUCCGAACCGAAAAAAAACAAGGGUUCAAUGGUCCGAAGGUUCAAAGCACACAAGGUUCGAUUGUCCGAAUUGACAAGAAUGCUCAAUGCUGUCAAUUCGGACU